GGAUAUUUUACAAAGUUCUCUCCUUUGCCCAAAAACUCAUCAUCAUCCCAAUGGCGAUGCUCUAUCACUUCCCAGUAAAUCUCCACACUGUUUCCUCCUCUUCAUCACCUUCCUCUUCCUUUCACUCUCUAGCUUCCCAUGCAAGCUCUCAACUUUGGAUUCGUAGUUUUAGAUUUCACCGCUUCAGCCACGCAAUUCAAUCGAGUACCAUCAGAGCCGCCGCUGAUAUCAUCGACACUCACCCGAUGAAGAAGAAGAAGAAGAGGAAACCCAAACCGGGUUUCUUCGAAGAGAUCAGCGAUAAAUGGGCUUCCCGAAUCAGCCCUAAAGACAACAACUUUCCUUGGCAGAAGAAGGAAGAAGAGCAAACUCAACAUCAUCACUCAAAAGAAGAAGUAAACCAAUCUUCUACUGGGUUAACCGGUAAGAAAACCGAUUCCAAUCUCCGGUCUAGCUUCCCAAGGCCAAGUGUCUACAUGUCUGCUCCAUGGGUUAAUGAGAGCGUCUCCAAGCCUCUUAAAGGCGAUAGCUUUACUGAAAAUAGAUAUAGGAAGGAGAAUGAUUUCGAUUUAGAUGAUGAUGGUGGAAGAGGGAUGGUAGAAUCAGGGAGAGAGAAAGGAGUAUGGAGAAGUAGUAAGAGUAAUACUUUAGAAGCAGAGAGAGUUUUACCGGAACAUGAGCUGAGUAGGCUUAGGAGCGUAGCUCUGAGAAUGGUCGAGAGAGUCAAAGUAGGCUCAGCUGGAAUCACACAGGCGCUUGUGGAAGCCAUUCACGAGAAAUGGGAGGAGGAUGGUGAUGAGGUUGUGAAGCUGAAGUUCGGAGAGCCUUGUGCGCUCAACAUGAAGAGAACUCACGAGGUUCUGGAGAAGAAGACCGGUGGGUUAGUGAUAUGGAGGUCAGGGAGCUCGGUGGUGCUGUACAGAGGGAUAAGUUACAAGCUCAAGUGUGUUCAGUCUUUCAUCGAACAGAACAAUCUUGAUAGGAAGUACAUAGCAGAGGAGGCGAAUUAUCCUAAGAAUGUACCUAAAGAGCAGUUAUCAGAGCUGAGCGAGCUGAACGAUCUGUUGGACGAGAUUGGUCCAAGGUUUAAUGAUUGGACAGGGUGUGCUCCUUUCCCUGUUGAUGCAGACUUGCUUCCAACUAUGGUUUUAGGGUACAGGUGUCCGUUUAGGAUUCUUCCUCAGGGAGUUAAGCCUUGUUUGUCUAACAAGGAAAUGACGGAGAUGCGUCGGCUCGCUAGGACUAGCCCUCCGCAUUUUGCUCUAGGGAGGAGCAGAGAGUUGCAGGGACUUGCUGUGGCGAUGGUGAAGCUGUGGGAGAAGAGCGCGAUCGCGAAGAUAGCGAUCAAGCGCGGCGUGGAGAACACACGGAACGAGAGAAUGGCUGAGGAGCUCAAGAGACUCACGCGCGGCGUGCUUGUUUCGAGGAACAAAGAGUACAUUGUGUUCUACAGAGGGAAUGACUUCAUGCCGCCUAAGGUUUCAGAGGCGUUGAGCGAGAGGCAAAGGGAGAUAAUAGAAGUGCUUCAGACCAAAGAGGAUCAACUCCGAGAAACGGCUUCAACGAGAGUUACGCUCAUAUCACAAGGCAAGCCGAGUAAAGCCCCGUUGAUCGCUGGAACUCUUGCUGAGACUAUAGCUGCAAGCUCGCGGUGGGCACCAGAGGCGAGCAGUAUCGAUGUAGAGGAGUUGAAGAGAGAGUCAGCUUCCAUCAAAAGAGCUGCGUUGAUCAGAGAUCUCGACCUCAGACUUCUUUAUGCAAAGCAAAAGCUGAGAAAAGCUGAGAAGGCUUUAGCUAGAGUGCAGAAGGAUCUUGACCCAUCUGAUCUCCACGACUCAGAGAUCAUCACAGAAGAAGAGAGACUUCUCUACCGCAGAAUCGGUUUGAGUAUGGAUCCAAGUAUGACUGUUCUCAACUCAUCACAUUACUUCUGUCUGGUAGGAAGAAGAGAAGUGUAUGAUGGUACCAUAGAGAAUAUGCAUCUACACUGGAAACAUAGGGAGCUCGUAAAGAUCAUCGUUAGAGGCAAAUCUCUUCCGCAAGUGAAGCAUAUAGCUAUCUCUCUGGAAGCUGAGAGUGGAGGAGUGUUGGUAUCCGUUGAUAAUACCUUGAAAGGCUAUGCGAUCAUACUCUACCGUGGGAAGAACUAUCAGAUGCCUCUUCGUAUUAGGCCUUCGAACUUGUUGACAAGAAAAAAGGCUUUCACUCGAUCCAUUGAGCUUCAAAGAAGAGAAGCGCUAAAGCAUCAUGUUGCUGACCUUGAGGAACGGAUUGAGCUGUUGAAGACAGGACAGGACGAGGAUAGGGAAACACUCAAGAAAAGUGAUGGAGAGGAAGAUAACUUGUAUUUAAGAGUUGAUGAAUCUGAUUUUUCUUCUGACGAGGAUGAAUCUCUGGAGUGGGAAUCAGAGGAAGAGGAAGAAGAAACUUGAACCGGUAAUAAACAAAGUAUAAUCUCAUAUAUUGUAUAACAAUGUCAGAACCUGUAAUGAUAAAUAUUUCAGGUUCCACAGUGAAAAUGAUAGAUGUAGUCAACAUUAUUACAUAUUUUGCAUAUCACUUUUAUUCUUUUAACGUAAAGAAAGUUCAUAUGCAAUGGAACUAAAGUUUGUUCA